GAAAAUCAAUUUUUUAAAAGUAUCAGUGCAUUUGGUGCUAAGUUUUGAGUUCAAAUAACUUUUUUCACCAAAAUUUUAGAAAAGAUGUUGUGCAUGAACUGGUGCUUUUGCAGUUUGAAAGUUGCCUAUACUCUACGAUUUUCUUCUUUUUUUGCUUCUUUUGCUUUUUUGAAUUGAAUGAAGUUGGAUGUGUCUUAACAUCUUGUUCCUAGUGAUUCAUUGUCAUCUUGUUGUUAUUGUGUUGAGGCAUGACAGAAUUGUUUUGAGAAGGAGAAAGUUUUCUUUGUAAUUGACGUUAAAUAUCUCUGGAUCAUCUACCAACUAUGGAUAACAGCAUUCUCAACACUCCGAAACCGCAGGCUAGCUCAACUGUCAAUCGCAGGCCGUACGAAUCGCUUCCCCCUGUAACAUCAAAUGUCUUGAUGCAGUCCGAGGUUCCAUCUCCAUCUUACUUAUCGAAUGCCAUUGAUGAUAUGCGACAAUUGACUGAUCAGCUUGGUACAUUUCACGAAAAUUCCGGAAACGGUCUGCAACAGCGUUUAUCAAGCAGUCAUCAAAUCCGUAAAGCAGCCAGUGUUGCAGACCUGCAUGAUGAUCGCCGUGAAAGUGCAGCAGCUGACAGUGAAGCCAACUCUUCACUUGGGAUACUUAAAUUGGAUGAUGACCAAGAUAUUUUAGCGUCUUCAUUUUUAAAUAGUAAUGAGUUAUUUGCUAACUUCCGCAAAGAGUUUUCUUUUUUAUCUCAGGAUGGAAAAGAAAACAAGGAGCCAAUCAAUCAUUCAAGUAAGAUGAGCCUGUCACGCUUAUCACUCAAUGAAAAAGUUAACAAGGACCGGCAAGCAGGCAGUGACAUUAGUGCAAAAGUUAUUAACUCAGAGUCAAGACUAUCUCAUCGCAACUCUUUGAGCAUGCAGGCAGACUUGAGGCUUCGCUUGCAGAAAGCAUUAGCUCAGCGUACCAUUGAUAGAAGUAUGGAUUCCAUUAGAAUGUCACAAAUGAGUGAGUUUGAUGUUGAUAGUGUGUCAAUGUUAUCUGAAAAUGAAGAAUCUUGCAAUACAAACCAAGCUACUGAUGUUGGGACUUAUUUUUCAAAUACCGAGCAGAUACAGUCACCUGCAUCUAAUGCCACUUUUGGAGCUGCAAAUUUUCUCAGCUUUUCUGGGUCACCUGCAGUACUUGACUCCUCAGAAAAUUUUCAACCUGCUGACUUGGCAAUGGAUCGAUUGAAGCAGGAUGAAAAUUCAUGGCGACAGCACUUUGAAGAUUUGCCGGGAGCGACAAACAGUGAAAAAGUUUCAAAGGAUAAUGUCUGUGAGCUUGAGCAUUUAACUCAAAAUCUCGACCUCUCAACCAUGUCUGGUAUCAUAUCAGGAGAAGUUACAAUUAGUUCCAGUACAAUGGAAGAUGUUGGAAAACGACGCUUAUCUGCAGGGGAAUAUUUUAAACUACAUACUGAACAACUUGACCGCCCAAAUUUUGGCAAUUUGAUUAAAAGCCCUCCUAAAAGGCGACCUCACCCUCCCUUGAUAAACAUGAACGGUCCUCAAGCAACCUAUGUGGAUGAGGUUCCAACUCGUGAUUCUGGAUUAAACAAAACACUGAAUACCUCCUUUGCUGAUUCCAUGGAUUUUUCAGCAUCAGUCACUUCUGAUGCUGUAUGCCACCCCACCAAUGAGCAUCCUGCAUCGAGAAGUAUGGACUUGAUGCCUCCACCACCACCUCGUCCAAGGCCUAGCAAUGCUCAAACACACUCAUCAGAUAUCAGAGACUCUAUAUCUACGAGACUAUCAAUGUCUCUGUCUCUUCCAAGAGACUCUGAUGCUGGGAUAAAAGAUCUAAAUUCGUCAUCCCUUAGCCUUGAUUCCGGAGAGAAGUUUGUUAGUAUUUCCCAAAUGGUCAAAAUAAUGCAAGAUUUGCCAUCAGGUCCCAAGUCUGCCCGUCAACUUGUGGAUGACUUCAUGCAAAAAUGCAGGAUACCUCAAAGUAACCCACUGCGCCAGUCAACUGGAAAUGAGUUAAACAAAUCACAAGGAACCAGAAAUGAAUUGAACCAGACCUCUAGUAGUAAAACAACUCUUAAGUCAGGUGCUGGAGAAAUAGCAAGUUUGGGCGAAUCAAAUACUUCUCCAUCUCGUGAUCAAAGAGUUAAAGACUGGGUUUCAUCAAUAAACAAUAGUGGAACAGAAUCCUUUUAUGGAAAUGAUGAUGCUAUUACUCCAAAUGCCACUAAGAAAGCAGAGACUACGUAUGAUGUAAAGAUAACACAAACUGGAAACUCUGGAUAUUUCAUGGCUUCUAAAAAUGCCCAGGAAUCAAAUAUACCCAAUCGAAAUGAGCAGAAAAUAUCAAAUUCCAUGAACAAAAAUGUUGAUUCACUGAAAGUGGCCCCAGAGUAUAGUGAGAGAGAUGAUGAAUCUAUUGCAUCUUUCAUGCCACCUCCAUCCAGAGGAGGGAUUCCUACAUUAGCCCAACUAAGAAACUUUUCUACACCUAAAGCCCAUCCUAAAAGGAUUUCUAGGGACCCAAGUAGUGAAAGAACAUCUAUCAAUCAAGUGCCUAUUAAAGGUUUUUCCUCUCAGAGGAUACAUGGCUCUGAAAGUAGUUCUGGAGACCUCAAUAGCAGAAUGAGUCGUGGCUCUCAAGGUUCUGAUCAUAAAAGUGUUAGAUUUCAAGGGUCACAUGAGAGCUCAGAUUCCAAACACAACAAUGAAAGUAGUUCUCAAAGUCAUAAGUCCCAGAACCGUAGAUCAGUCUCUCAAGCAUCUGAUACUGAAUCAAGAGCUCAGAUGUCGGACUGGAAAUAUCACACGUCUGGAGAACGUCCUCCAAGUAACUGUGGUUCGUCUCGGUCAGCAAUAUCAUGCUCUAAAAGCUCUUCGAAACAAACUGAUGUAGCAUCAGUAACAUCAGGUCCACUUCAGAUAGACAGCACCCAUACACAGCUGUCAUGGGCAUCUGUUUCACUUGCUUCAAGUGUGACCCAUACCUUCGCACUCCGCAAUAGAUCAUCAGCUCGUGUACGACUCCUAGUGAAUUCUCCAAAUACAGCUUUCAAGCUGUUCGGUGAAAGAGGAGAAAAAUUAUCAGAACUAAUGCUCACUCUGCAUUCUGAAGAAACACGGCGAAUCCAUGUUGCAUUUUCUCCCCAAUCAAUUGGUCCUGUUGUUGGAAAACUUGUGAUAUGUCGUGUUGCAACUUCUGAAAGUUCAGUCUCAUCUUCAGAGGAUAGAAGACUGAUUGCGUUGUAUGGGUAUGGAGGUGUGGCAGAGUUAGCAGUUGAAGGCGCAUCCAAAGAUCGGUGGUCGCAACUCUUCUUGAAUAUGUGCAUGUCAGAUAAUGAUGCUCGUCAUGAGGUAUCUGAUAUUGAUGCAUCCAAUGAUGCUCCCCAAGUAUUAGCAACAUUUUCGGUCCGAAAUGUUGGAAAAGUUCCUGCGUAUAUUAGCUUACAGAUAGCUGGAGAGUUGCCUUUUGAGGAUUGUGGAGUUUAUGUAACCCCUAAGGAAGUUCCCCUUUUACCAGGAGAAGUGUCACGCAUUGUUGUGCGCUUUGAUCCUUGCCGCGAUAUAUUGCAGUGGUUAAAUAAGAAUGCUGAUGAUAUGCAGCUCCUUGGUAACAUUUGGCUUUCAUGGUCUGAACUAGCUACUUGGCAGCGUAUCAGGAGGAUUUAUAUGAAGUACUACAAGUCAGACAAAAGUGGCCCUCUUUCAUCAUGGGGCACCCUUUACAGUGGUGAAUUGGGAGUUGGACAUGAGCUGAAAGACAACAAGUCCUCUGAGGCUGCACUAGCACAAGCAGUACGCCGCCUCAAAGUGGCAGUUUUAAUAGAACGGGAAAGACUUAAUAUGUUCGAUAUGGAUGCUACUUUAGUUUUUGACCAGUUAGUAGCUAAUGAAACUGCUAUGUUCAACUCACCACAGUUCAAUGACAGGACAAUGGACUCUUCAGAUUUCAUUGACAGUCCUAUUCUUGCCGGCAUGCCAAGUGACGUUUUUCCAAUGAAAAAUGGAGAUUCUCCACUUUCUUCAGUCUCAACUGCUUCCAAACGAAGCUCCUCCAAGCAGACAGACUUGGACUCAAGAAAUGACUUAGUGGUUGUUACUAGUGUUUCUUGUGACGAACCACAAUCUUAUACACUGGAAUUUCCACCAACAACCCUAGGUCACAAGAGCAAAAUAAAGAUAACAUUCAAGAAUCAAUCUUGUGAGAGAACUCUUGUUUCAAUAUCUGAUUUGACAUCUCCAUUUAGUGUGUCCACUCCUAAAUUUUAUGUUCCAUCUAAUUCUUAUGUAACAAUGAGUGUCCUGUUUAGGCCAGUUGAAUCAGGCACUCAUCAUCGAACACUUAGUAUUAUUAUAGAUGGAAAUAAUGCCCGUAGCUAUCUUUUACGUGGCGAGGGUGUGCAUGAUUAAGAGAAGGUAUUUUCUUCUUACAUUUGUUACUAUGGCUAUCCACACGUGAUAAGCGCCCCUCUAUGCGACCCUACACUGAAGUUUGGUGCAUCUUUUGUUUGGUUGUGAUGUGUACCAAGUAGUGUAAUACUGUGAUACAUGUGUAAACUUUUAUAAUUUAAAACCCCUUUUUUAUUACAGUUAUCUAACCCGUAGUUUGAGUAAAUCAUGUAAACUAUAAUAUGCUAUUUUUAAUAUAUGUUUUCACUAAGUAUUUUUCUUUUGUGUGCAUGUGCUUCAGAGUGGUUAUUGAUGAGAAAUGGAGAAAUAAAUAUGUUCCCUUCUCUGGCA